AUGUUCACCAAGGUCGUAUUCUUCUUGUGCGCUGCGGGUAUCGCUUCUGCCGGCAACCUGCUACAUGCUGCGGCCCCGCUGACUUAUAGCGCGCCCGUCGCGUACAGCUCGGCACCAGCUGUCUCCUCUGUGUCAUUCUCCAGCCAUUCUGCACACGCUCCCGUCGCCACAUACGCUUCUGCCCCCGUCUACGCCCAGACCUAUGCCGCACCUGCUCUCACUACUUAUGCCUCGGCCCCCGUCAUAGCCAAGUCUUACAGUCCGGCUGUAUCCUACCAGUCCAUCUCUUCUCACUCUGCUCCCGUUGCGUACGCUAAAACCAUCGCCUCGCCAGCUUUUGCAACAUACUCUGCUGCCCCUGUGUACACUAAAUCUAUUGCCCCCGCUGUAUCUUACUCGUCCAUCUCCCACGCAGCUCCUUUGACAUAUGCAGCAGCUGCUCCCGUAGUCGCAAAGACCUACGCUGCUCCUGCCAUCGCUUCCUACUCCGCUCCAAUUGUAACCAAGACAGUCAGCCCCGCUGUAUCCUACUCAUCUAUUGCACACUCAGCACCUGUUGCCUACGCCGGUAGCCCUCUUAUCACCAAAACCGUUUCAGCUCCCGCUUACACAACAUAUGGCGCUGCUCCCGUCCUGAAGUCAGCUGUCACAUAUUCAGCUGCUCCCGCCGUCUCCCAUGUUACUUACUCAGGUCUCGGUGUCAACUACGGCUGGUAA